UUUUAAUUUAUUUUAUCUUAUUAUUUUUAAUUUUUAUUUCGGUACUCCUUAGUAAAGAAACGAAAUAAUAAAUAUUUCCUUCUAUGGUUUCCGGUGAUUUUAUUUGACGAAUACAACGUUGACGUUAAGUUCGUUAAUGGUCAAUAGUUAAUACGCCAUUGAUUGUAGGUACAAUCGACGUGUAUAAAGUUAAGUCGUAGAGGCCACCGGUGAAUAGGGAAAAAAUGAAACGUCUGUCAAAAAAAUUGUGUCUCUAUUUUUUUAUUUUUUUUAUUUUUGUUUUUAUUUUCGUCUUUACAUCUAAAAAUAAUAAUGAUUUGAAAAACUAUGACGGUAAGUCAAAUUGUUUUAAAUUUUAAUGCGAGUAUUACCCAUCUUACUUUGUUACUUUUAUUUCUUUUUUUUCAGAAAUGUUCAAGACUUUUUACAACUAUCAAAAAUGUAAGACAUUUAAUAACAUUAAUUAAAAUAUAAUAUCAAAUUUAAUUAGUGUAAAUAUGCCAUAAACUGCAUAUGUUACCGCAAAUGUUGAAAAUUGAAGCAAUUAUUCUUUAUCUCAUUAUCUAGUACUUUUUAUCAUUUAAGUAGUUUAUUACAAUUUUAUUAAAACUCUCAAUACUGGAAAUAAAUUCAUCUGGCUUUAUAUAUAAUAUAAUAUUAGGAACUUAUUCCCAUUUAUUUCUUAAAUACUUUAUUUUGUUUUACAUUAUUUAUGUUUAAGUAUUAUGUAUCUGCUUUAAAAUUGUUUAAUCUAAUAUGUUAUAGAUUUCAAUUCUUUAUAAUUGUUUGUACAGCAGUAUAUUGCUGUAACUGCUAUACUGUUACUGCUUAACAAAUAAGAUUUUAAUCUAUGAUGAAUACAAAUAUGGUUAUACCACGUAUCUUCUUUUUUUUUUUUAAUUCAAUAUUUUCAGUUUGGUACUUAUUAUCAAGUUACUAAUAUUAAAUUGCUUACUAGGGUUAUUAAAGUUUUUUUAAGUGUAAAUUAUUGAAUUGAUUUAUUCUAAAAUGCAUUUUUUUUUCAUAUAAUAUAUAUAUUGUGAACAAAUUUAGUGUGUAUUUAAAAUUUUUGUUUAUUUGUGUUUUAGAUGAUGAUUUGAAUGGCCCAAAAAUAUCAAUGGAUGACUCAAAUCUUGUAAGAAAAUUACGAGAACAUUUUUUAGUUAAACCCAUUAAAGAAAGUAAAGGAAAAAGAAUUCGAUACAAUUUAUCAAACAUGUCAGAAAAAGAUCCGUCAAUGGGGCAAGCUACUGAAAUAGCAAAAAUCCUUGACUAUACAGUAAUAAUAAGUUAUAAGUUAAUGUCUUGUUUUCUAUGUAAAAAUUACUAUUUUAAUUUUAGAAAGGUGGUUUUUUUAUUGAAUGUGGCGCAUUAGACGGUGAAACAAGAUCAAAUACAUUAUAUUUUGAACGAUACUAUGGCUGGACUGGAUUACUGAUUGAAGCAGAUCCUUUAAAUUUUGUAAAAAUGUUAAAUAAAGGACGGCAAGCAUAUUUGUCACCCAGCUGUCUUAGUGUUAAUCCCUAUCCUGAAAUAGUAAGUUGAUCAUCAAUUAAUAGACAUCUAUUUACCAUGUAACUCAAUUUUUACAAAUUGCCCAUGAGAUAAAAAAACCCUUUAUUUGGUUCAAUAUUUUUAAACUCAAAUUUAAUUUGACGUUUGUAUAAAAAGGAUGAUUCAAUAGAUAAGACAUUAUAAUAUGUUUGUGUUUGAGGCAUUAUAUUCCAUUCAUCAUUUACCUUUAUUUUAAAUUUCAUAAAUCCAUCUUCACUGUACUAUAAACAUCUUAUAUCAUUAACAGUAGGAUCCCCAUGACAUUGACCUGGUAUUAUACUUGAGUAAUAUUUUAAUGUUUUGAAGUCUUAAAAACAUGUGUAAUCUAAGUAUUUUAAUUGAUAAGGGUUUACUGGUCCAGUAUCUCUGCAUACAUUAAUAUAAUCUGUAAGUCGUGUAAAGAGGAAAUAUUUUUCUUUUCAAAUUUUUUGUAAAAUUUUGUUUUGUUUAUAAUAUUCCCAUUAUCAGAUUAUUGAGCUUCUUCUUUAUAACAUUUAUAAAAGUCAAUUUCACUUUCAAAUUGAGGUUCUAAAAACAAUUAAUUUGUAUUUGAACAGUAAUAAUGUGAUGGUAAAAGGGGUAGUUUAUUAAAAUAAGCUGUCAUGAAUGGCAUUGCACCUGAAACACUUCCAAUUUAUCUUAUAGGUUUUAUUUGCAGUGAUCCAGAAUAAAUACUUGUUCUGAUUGUGAUUUUAUUAAAAUGAGGCAUAGGUUCUUAUGCAUCCUCGGGUUUUAGUGUUUUAAAUGAAACAAAAAAUUAUAAAAAUAUUACUUUGUAUAAUGAUGUUUUCAAUAUUACAAUUAUUUUCAUUAUUUAUUUUAAUUGGUCGAAAAAUGACUACUGUGUUGUUAAAAUAUGAAAAGAAUAUUAUUAAUUUUUAGAAAAAAAAAAUGGUCAUAGGUAUCCAGUAUUUUUAAGUUUAAGUGUUUUUAAGUAACGAGUGAUUGUAAAAAUAUUACCUAGUACUUCAUGUUCAAAAUAAUGAUUAGCUUCUAUAUUAUUUUCUCUUGCAUUUUCCAAUUCAUUGAGACCAUGUUGAAUUUAAGCAUCAAUACAAAUACCAUUAGUCAAUUCAUUAGUUGGUUGAGGGAAUUGAUCCCUUAAGUCAGUAUUAAUAUUUUUUUUUUUGUUAUUUCAAUUAUACGUCUAAGCUUCUAGGUGCUCUGGAUAAAUUAGUGAAUUUUAAAAUGAAUACAUUCUUCAAACUAAAUACUAAAUAUGUACUUAUAUGGCUAGACUUUUUUUAAUAGUAUUAGACUAAUAUUUUAUUGUGGAUGGAUCAAUAUUAUUAUAUUUGACUAAUACCAUAAAAGUUCUGAUAGAAAAUUAUCAUUAUAUUGUUUUAUUAUUUAUUGCCGGCAAUUAACUAUCAAACUGUACUAUACAGUAUUAAUCUUGGUAUUAACCAAAAUAUUUUUAAAUGUGUUAUAAACAUAACUGUAAGAAAACACAGUCUAGUUUUAUCUUUUUUUGUGUGUGUAUUAGAAGUAGGUAUACAUUAAUAAAAUAUUAUAUAAUAUUUUCGUGUGUUUUAGUUAAAAUAACUAGAUACUUUCUAACUAAUGUUACUCAAAUUAUUAUUUAUUAAUACAAAAUAACACCGAGAUAUAACAGAGAUAAGUGGUUUUUGGUAUUUAGUUACGAUAUUAUAUUCAUAACAAAACCUCGUAAGUUAACUUAAAAGUUUUUUGAUUUAACUUCAAUAUAUGAGGUAUUGAAUUUACAAUUUAAACAAAUAAAUAAUUUAAUUAUACACUCCAUUAUUUUUACAGUUUAUAUAACAGGUAACCAAAAUCAUGAAAAGAAAAAUUUGAAGUUACGAGGUUUUGACACAUAGUUGUAUUAAUAUAGAUAAAAUAAUUUGAAUAAUAUUUGUGUUCUUACUUAAAAUCUAUACAUGUUAUUAUUGGUUAUAAAUACUAGUAUUUAUACUAAUAAUAAUAUGUAUUAGAUUAUCCUAGUAUGUAUUUAUAGACAUUUAUUUACUGUUAUCUAUUGAACCAGGUAUUGAAUUAUGUUCAUGUACAAUUUUUCUGAUAAUAAUUAGUUUUAAUCAUAAACUUAGAUAUAUCAAUAAAUUUGAUUUAAAAUUAUUUUAAAUUUUACUAAUAUAUAGUAUCUAUAUUUUGUUCUAAGGUAUCUUUCCUUCAGCGCAGUAAUAUGGGACGCAUAGCAGAUGAUGAAGUUGUAGAAGAUGAAGUUAUAUCUAAUACCUUUGAGACAAAGAAAUCACCUAUGAUCAAUGUUCAGUGUUUCCCUCUGUAUACAUAUCUUUUAGCAUUAAAUAUAACAGUUAUAGAUUAUUUUAGUUUAGAUGUCGAGGGAUCGGAAUUGAAUGUAUUAAAAACUAUACCAUUUGAUAAAAUUGAUAUAAAAGUAAGUUCAGUAGAAAUAGCAGUUUAAAUAGUAUGAUCUACUAAUAUGUUUAUUUUUUCAUUCUAGACUUUAUCAGUUGAGUUUUUUCAUGUAAAAGAAGGUGAUGAUGGGGUAAGAUCAUUUUUAGAAAGUAAGGGAUAUAUAGUAACGGCAAAAGUAACUAGACAGGAUCGAUUAGCAAACGAUUAUAUAUUUGCAAAGCCAUCAAUAUUAACACAAAAUGUAUCAUUUUAUAUAACUUAAUGCCAAGGUACGUUAUUUAAAAAAACAUUGUAUGGGUUAAUAAUUAACAGACUGAAUUCAUUGGUGUAUUAAAUAUCAAGAUAAAAUAUUUGGUUUUGAAAGUUAAAACGAUCCAUAAUAAAUAUUACAAUUUUUCAUCUUGAUUUGCUUUAGCUGAGGGUUAACUUAGUUGCUUAGAAUAAUGAAUUUCCUAACAGAUGCCCUAAACUAACUCAUUUAUAUAUAUACACCAAACUUUUGAACCCGUCUUCUAUGAUUAUAUCUGAUUGUUAUGUCAUUUAAAAAAAUUUUAUUUAAUUAAAGGUUAAUAAUAAGGUUUAUUGAUAGGUGUUAUUUUUUUAGAUUAAUUUUAUUUUUACAAUUUUAUUUCAGUAUAAUAUGUUACCCAUUAACUUAAAUAAACUUGAUAAAAUAAAUAAAUAAAUAAAUAACAACACAUUACAUUGUGUGAUUUGAAAUACUGUUAUUCAAAAUUAUGGUUCAAAAAUGAAAUACAUUAUACUGAAGUAGAUAUCCUACAUUUUGGAUCUCAUUUGAUUAACACUGUCUUUAUUUGUUUAAACUUUAUGGUAUAAAUUCCAUUGAUACUUAAAAACAUUGAUAUAAGUCUCUUCAUAUUUUUUUUUCAUUAUGUGUUGUUUUUUUGAAAAACUGUUAAAUACAAAUAAUUUUGAUAACUGUAUGGUUAUUAGACAAAUAUUUUAAAAUCUUAUCAAGAACAAAUUUUGUUUUAUUUAUUUAUUUUUUUUACAAAUAUUCAAGGACAAAAUAUAAUAUUUAAACAUUUCAAUCACAACACUAAUAUGAGUAUUGGUUUAUUUAAAAUAUUAGCUUACUUAGUAUUUUGAUCUCUAAACUCCAAUUUUCUAUCAUCAAAUUAAAUUAAAACUGAUCAAUAUUUUUACGAAAUUAACUAUGGAAACAUUUUCUAAGUUUUAAAAAAUAUUGUAUUAGCAAUAUUAGUUCCCAUGCAUAAUGUCUAUUUUCAAAGAUUUUUAUUAUUUUUAUAGUUUAAUAGUUAUAUAUAUAUACAAUAAAUAUAGGAUACCAGUUAAAUCUAUAUAAUAAGUUUAUAUUAUUAUUUAUUACAAAAAUUAUUUUUUGUUAUAUAUUUUCUCAAAUUUUUAUUUUGACUGCAAUAGAAAUCCUGAUAAAGGCUUUUGACCUUGGCAGUGUGUGUAGUGUACACUUAUAUAAUUAAACAUUCAAAAUUAAAAUUCCGCGAGUUGAUAAGUAAAGUUGAUGUCCGUAGCGUGCUCAGGAUUUAUCAAUGAGAGGAGGUGUAGCAAAUAAGAAUUAUGAAUAAAUCGUAAAAUAUUCUUUUAUCUAUUCAACUCCACUAUGAUAAUUAGUAAUUUAAAAGCCGGAUCCUAAAAAACACCAAUUUCCAAUUAAUGCAUCAAGCUUUUCUUCGUAUUGGCCGAAAUAUAUGCAUUUUGAUAAUAGAUUUCAUAUAUUUUGUUUGUAUUUUUAAGCCAAUGGUGGGGGGAAUAUAACCUAUAACCACCCCUAACUCCCUGAACACUCCACUGGAUGCCCGAAUAUUACUUGCUGUGUUAUUAUUAGUUGCGGAUGAAGAUUUGUAUUCCUCUAGUAAAAUAACAAGAACACACAUCACUUUUCACUUGGAAUCAGUUCACUCUUUGUAAAGAUAAUGUUUUAGAACCAACUUGUUCUAUUCUAGUGUUAUUUAUGCAUGGUUUUCUUCUCUGACAUCACAACUCUUCAAGAGUUUUUGCCGUUACUAACACCUUUUCCACUCUUCUCGGUUUUGAACAUAAAUUGGUUCACUUUCUCAAAUGAAUGUCCUUGAAUUACCACAUUGCUAGCAUGGUUGUUGGUUAGCAGCAGUUCCAUUACUUUUGUUUUAUUAUCAUUCACAGCUCUGGCUUUUGUUUCAUUGAUGCAUGUUACGUCAUAAAUAUCUUUAAAUAUCUAAAUAUCUCUAAUCAAAAUAUUUUUGAUCAAAAUAAAACAAACUAUGCAACUCAAAAUACCACAGAAGUUGAAACUUGAUAAAUAAAUAAUAUUUUUUGUAUCAAAAUUAUAAUUAUUAUUCCAAUUUUGUAGUAAUAUUCAUUAAUAAUAUAAACUUACAAAUCUAUAUAAAUCGAUAUAAAUCUUAAGUUUCACCCGUUAUUUGUAAUUUUCCUCUAAAAAAUUAUGUAUAAUUUUUGUUUUUAUAUACUUAUAUUGUAUUAAAAUGCAUUAGCUAUAAUUCUGCCACAUGGAUCAAUAAUAACAAUUAGAUAUAUUUUUUGGUAUAAUCAACCCGAAUAGUUAGGAUCAAGACUAGGAGAAGAGAGUUAUAUUUCCUGAUAUCUAUGAGCUAUUUAUAUUUUAGUUUUUCUGGUAAUAAAUGCAUGCACUUCUUCAUCGACAGUUUGCUUCAUUUUGUGCUACUAUUUUUCUCGCUCCCAUUUCAGCUGGGUUCGCAAUAUGAGUUUGUAGACCUUUAAAAAUAAUGAUUUCUUGUUCUAUUCUAGUGUUAUUUAUGUAUGUUACGUCACAACUACCUCUAAUAUCACAUCUUUAAUACAAUCGCUGUCAAUUUUUGCUCGGGUUUCGUAAAUGGUACAUGCAAGUUUUGUUAACCAAAAGAUUAUGGGGUUCUUUUGGUUUUAACACGAAAGACUCCAUAUUAUAACUAAAUAUUCAUCAACUAAAACAAUAUUAUCAUCCAUAACAAUUAAAUUAUUAAUUACAUACAUAUUCAAGCCAUUAAAUAAUAAACUAAACAAAAUGUGGGUGUUUAAAUAAAUAAAGAUUACUAUUGUAAACAUUUUUAGGAGUAGACAAUAUUUAGUGGAUCAUUUGUCUUUGUCCAACUUUUUAGUUUUUUUUUUUUAUAAUAUUAGAGAAAUCUAUUAAUUGUUUUUUGAAAUAUUAUGUACAGGGUAUAUUGUAAUAUGAGGUAUUUAAAAUAUUAGAUUUACCCUCAAAUUUUUUAACAAAUAAUAUUUUUUUAAAAAACAAUUUCACUGUAAGCAAUAUAAAUUAUUUAAUAUAAAUGUAAAGGAAUAACUAAUUAGAUUUAUAAAUUGAUUUAAUCAUCCCAUUAGUCUUUUGUUAUGAUAGGUUCAUUGGAGAUUAUUUAUGUUUAUUUACUAACCAAUUUUUCUUAUGUAUACAACUAAAUAAUUUAUUUUUAUUUUAUUUGUUUAAAAUUAUUGUUUGUCAAUCCGAUGAAUUUUCUUGAUGUAUAAAGUUACUAAAAAAUGUACAUGUAUAACUCCGUCCUCAAAGUAAUGUUUUUAAAUGCAAUGUAUGUAACAAAUUGCCACUAAAUAAUUUUCAGCAUCACAUGGAUUUAUUUUAAAAUAAAUUACCAAAGUUCCACAUUUUAACUUAAAAAUUUUAAAUAAAUAUAUAUGUAUAUGUAAUAAUAAAUUUUGUAUGAAUCCGGUUUUUAUUAUUUAUAUUGUAAUAUGAUUAUUGAUUUUAUGCAAAAUCUAGUCAGUUUUUAGUGUGUUAAUUUGUAUUUCUUUCUUUUUUUUAUUUAAUUUUUUGGGAUUACACGCAUGUUCCUUAUGGUAACUAUUAUAUCUUAACGUAAUGUAUUUUAACUUUAAAAACAAAACAUACAAAUAGAAGUAGGUACUCAAAACUUUAUCAAAUUUAAAAUACAUAAAUCAAAACUAUACAAUUAAUUUAAUAUCAAUAUAUUUUAUUUAUAUUAAAAUAUUAGUCGUUUAUGAUGUACAUUAAAAAUAUCAAAAAUAUGUAUUUUAUAGAAUGUUAAAAACCAUUAUUGUUAUUAUUAUUAAAAAACCAAUUUAAAAAAAAAUUAUUUACCGUUCGAUUAGAAUAAAAAUAAACGCCCGUAAGUGUUUAACCUUGAAAUAUUAUAAAAGAAUAUUUUUGUAACUUAACAUACCUAAUUUAAUUUGAUAUUAUUUAAAGAAAAUUGAAUGCUUAUCAAAUAUUUGAUUCAGGCUAUAUGUUUGAGGGGUGCAUAGUUGUAUCAUAUAAACUGUGUACCAGUUAAUACAAUUUGUUGAUACCAAUAAAUUAUAACUAUUAAUUAUUCAGUUUUUAAUAUUAAAAAUUUACUUUACUAAUCUAAUGAACAAAUUUAAUUUUUAAUAAUAAUAAGCUCUUAUACGAUCGCUCUUUAAUCUGUGGAUGUAAAUUUUAUUUGUUUUUAUAUAAAACAAUAUUACAAACACAAUUUGCCACUUAUUAUUAUAUAUUUCACACAUGUUUACAUUAUUUAUUAAUUUUCUUAAGAUUAUAAUAUUAUAAUAGUGAGUGUUAAUAAUAGAUCGAUGACAUUAGAAGAUAAUAAAUUCUUCCAAGGAUAAUGAGAAUACUGUAUUUUUUUUUUGCUAGAAAAAAAAAUGUAUUUCAAUAAACAUAAAUGUUAUUACAUAGUGAUAUGUAUUUAACAUGUUAGUACUACUUAUAAUAUUGUAAAUUAUAGGUGUGCGGUAUUUUGUGUUCUUCUAAUGUCAUGAUGAUAAUCGAACCUGUUACACUUUUGCAUCCUUAUGGUAGUUCUAAUGUACUAGUCAAUAGUUUUUGUUUGUUAAUAAAAUACUUGCUCAAAAACUCGUUGGCCAAUUUUUUCAUACAGAGUAAUUUUAUACCAAUAUUCGAACAGAACAUGACAUUGUAAUUUUAUUAUUAUUAUAUCUAAUUUAUUAGAAUUCCCAUUUUUUGUUUUAUUAACUCCUGCAAAUAGUUUUAUUAUAAUUAUUAUUUAUGUUAUAAUAGUAUUUAAAACUGUGUAUUUAAUAUAUUAUUGUUAUUUAUUUGUAUAGUAUUAAUCAUACAUAUUAUUCUAAGUUAUACAAUACAUUCACCGAAAACAAAUUAUUUAUUUUAAAACUAUGCUAUUGUAUUUUUUUUUAAAAUUCAAUAAAUCAUUAUCAUAAUCUUAGUACGACAAUUAUUAAAAACAUAUGGAAUUAUCAUUUAUAAUAUAUAUAUAUAUUGAUUACACACACAAAGUUUGAGGUACAUAGGUAUGUCAAGCUGAACCAUGCCAUUUCAGAAGACGACAGAGAAAAACAAAAACUUAUACAGAUUUGACGUUUGUUGACAAUUUUAUUAAUUGACUGAUGGUUUAAAUAAUAAUAAUACAAUUAAUUUUUCCUUUAAUUAUAAUUAUUAUAGGUGAAAUGUAAAGAAAUUGGUACAACCAUUUUGAUUUUUAAAACAUCAAAUUAUACUUAAAUUACUUAUAUAAUUAUGAUGUAUACUAACACACUAUUUCAACUCGACAAGUAUAAAAGAUAAAUUAAUAUAAAUUAAAUGUUUGUAUUUGUAUAAUAUUCUUAUAGACAAAUCUUUACAAAUUAACCGGUCCGUGUAUCCAAGUUAGGUACCUAGCUGUAGUGAAAAACGUUAAACAUUCUUUGAUUUCGAUACUUAUAACGAAAUUAGUAACAAAUAUAGUCGGAUGAAAUAGUUUUUUUUUUUUUCAAACUAAAGUUAAUAAAAAAAGCCCGGAUAAUCAAAUUUAUUAUGUCAUCAACUAAUAAUAAUUAUUUACUAGUUGUAUACUUGUCGUGCAUGACGCGUUUAAACAUUUAUUUUAAAUAUACUGUUUAAAAUCGCUAGUGUUAAAUCCAAAUGAGGAAAACUAUUUCACAUACAAAUUUUAAUGUAAUCAAAAGUUUUAUUUCGUUCUUAAUGUCGAAACAAUUAUUAUUACGUGAAAAACUGCACAUCGAUUUACAGAUCAAAACAUAAAUUGUUUUUAAUUAAUUAAUUAUUAAACAUCAGCUGAUAAUAAUUUAUCGUACGUCAAUAGCGUUCAUCUGAUACAAAUGUACUACAAUGACCAAUAUACUCUUGAUGUGCAUUUAAAAUUUAGGAAACUUUGUGCACUAUGACAAAACGUUGCAUCGCAGUCGCGAUAAUAUUACAAAGAAUUUGUAUACAUUUAAAAUCGUUUGGUUAAUAGGAUAUCGUUCCCGCAUGUGUUCUCUCUGCCUUACUAACGCAUGCCAUAGCAAAAUAACGUUAACUAUUAAGUUAUCUAUGAAAUAUCCGGUCACAUUAAUCGUUGAUACCUACCUACUGUGUAAAUAAUUAUAGACUAGGUAUGAGACGAAUUAAAAUAACACCUUACGUGAAAUCAUCAAGGGUUAAAAGGUAGGAUAAUAUUAUUUUAACAUGGGUAACAUUAUUAUUGUUCCGAAUUGUAACUGUAUAAUUCAUAUAUAACUUGUAGGUAGGUAGUGGGUAUUUGAUCCAAAAUACUUGAUUAUUGUAUGCUAAUUUAGACAUUGAUUUCAUUUUUGUUUUUACCAUAAUAGGUGUUACUACACGUGUAUUACACAUUUAUACCGGAUGAUUUUUUUUUUUAUUGUGAUCCAGCAAUUAUCCAUGAAGAGUUUGAGUAAUAAAGUUUGUUGUUGUUUUUAUUUUUUUUUUUUAGUCAUUAUUUAAUCGUUUUUAACAUUUCACCAUUAUUCCGUGGGUUACCCACGCCAUUAAACGCAUGAGCUUUUGAAUUUAAAAUGACGAUCCCCACUCUUUUUCAAUGGAUAUUAACCGUUUUACAAUUUCGACCGGAGGAUUAGGGAAGGGCUGUUAUCAAUAAACGAUUUACCAUGCCAUUUCCCCUACUUCUCUGGUCUAAAUGUUGAACUUUUAUAAUGACAUUUAUAACUUUUUAUACGUUGUAUCCGACAUUAAUCAGCCAUAUUAACAUAUCCUUUUUCCAAAUCUGUGUUGAAAAGGGGCCCGUUGCCAUUUGAAAAUCACGUGUUAAUCACUCAUUUAUGGUAUAAUUAAGCAAUGGGUGUACACAAAUAAAUGUUAAAAUUCCAUAACGGUUAUGAACAAAAACGCAGAAAUUAAAUGUAUACAUCAAUACCUAUGCCCCCGAGAAAGUCGCCUGAUCGCAAUGAAAGAAUUACCGUGUAUAUAGGUAGGUGCGGAGCUAAUUCGAUUCUCCGACAAAAUCCCGCAAAAAAAAAAAAAAAAGCAAAACUGGACGAAAAUAUAAUGUGACUAUUUUUUUGUCGACAAAUUUUCCUUCUCACUUUUUCAGGUGUAGGACCUGUCUAUAUAAUUAAUUUCACGUUACACGCGUUUGAAAUUACACCCGUCCAAUGCAUUCUCGGUUCGAACAUUCGUGUUAUACUUUUGUCGAUUUGUAUUAAUUUUUUUUUUUUUCGUAUUGGGCGUAUUUCACUUUUUUUCGUUUCUGGCGGGAUUUCGUCCGACCGGGAUUUAUGUCCAGCGGGAUUUUGUCCGGACAUCGGCUAAUAAUACGAUUUCCAAACGGAUUAGGUAUAUUUGCCUAUGCGACAAUCGAUCGGAAAACUCGAUUAACUCCCGCUCGUGCCUGAAUCUAAAAUUCAUCGCUCGUCGUCGACACGUGUGUAGUUAAUUGUAUUACAUAGGUGCCAUUAAGUAGGUAGGUACCCAUAUAAAUAUGGCGAUGCACUGCUGUGCAAACGAAUUCAUUUGAAAUUUGAAUUGAUUGUUGUACGAUUUGCAGAAAACAAAAAAACAAAAUGUUUUCUACAAACGAAUCAUUUAUCUCCUAACCUAUAUCCGACUCAAAAUCGACCGCCAAUGCGGUGUUAUCUGGCCGGGAGGUCGCGAUAGGUCAGUGGCGUCGGAACGAGUUUUGUCCAAAGGCUGCCUGUCCUAUAAUAUGCGCAGGUACCUAUAAUAAUAAUAGUUACCUACGUAUAUUACCAACCCCGUGUAGUGAAUAAUAUUCUUUUACGGGGUUACAAUCAAAUUAUCUUUAGAACAUACGUUCGUGUCGAUUGUUUCUAAUUUCUACACCACCAAUUUCUAAUGGAUUUUCACUGCGAAUUUGAAUUUUUUCAAUGGCGUUGCUCGUCAGAGCGUAUUGUACAGAAUCGACGGACUUAUAUUGAGUAUAAUAACCUAACCUACCUAACCUACCUAAGUGUUUAUGGCGUACUCGUAGAUACGGAAUAAUAAGAGUGAAAUUGAGUAUAAUAUAAUAUGUUGUGAACAUUAAGAUCGUCGUACGAUACUCCACGUAAUGACUGGAAAUAUCUAACCAAAAUCAAUUUUGCACAAAACCACCGUUAGAUAAUCGCCGGAUCACAAUAUAAUAAAAUAAUCGCUACAUUGAAAACGUUUUUCGGUAGACGAGUGUUUCAAUGUUUGCCUAUAAUCUAACUCUGUAGCGGCGUAGCCAGGGUGAUCACUGGGUCAUGCGCCCCCCCCCUCCCCUUUUCCAAUUGGCCGUAUUUUCGAAAUGCAUACUUUGCGGGGUAUAUGAUGUGGUUCAUUUUUCGUAAUUGAUUGAAUAUAGAUAAGUAGUAGGUAUAAUUUUAAAUGCAAUUAAAGAAAUUAACGAUAACAGACGAUAACAUUAUUGUAAUUAUGUGUUUGUUUUUUUUUUUUUUUUUUUCAGCGGCCUGCUGAAGAUGCCGGCGAGACGUUGACGGGGCAGCCGCGAACUCUGCUGAUGUUGACGAGAAUGCGGCGCCUGGUUGACGGCGUGUGUGUUUACGCGGGUGUCGCGGUCUCGGCCGUCGGGCUACUCGGUUCGCGGACGCUCACGUAUACCGGCCGGUACAGGACGAUCUGUUCGGUCUGCGUCCCGUCGUAAACGUGACCGCCGAGCAGAAACUCCGGUCCGAUGUACUUACCGCCCUCCACGUGAUCGCACGCCACACCUUUGCGCACGCAUAACAACAAUAGUUAAUGUACAGCGUAGCACAGGCGCAACGCAAAAUUAUAGUUAUGGAUAUGCGCAAAUAAUAUAUAAUGAUAUAAUGUGUAACGGGAAGGACCACCAGAUACCAGAGGCCUUCGUUGGUAAACAGAGUAGAGGUAAAAUGUACAAAAACAAAUUCUUAUUAAAAUUCGCAAAAGAAAUUUACUACUAAAUAGUGUAAGUAUCUCUAAUCUUUCCAUUCCAAGUUCUUCUGAACGUUCUUUGGACCCCCUAAAUUUGGCCCUGGAAUGAGCACAACCGAAUCGCUUUAUGUUCGGCGAUGCACAAAUUUUUUUUGUCGACUAGAAGCUAGAACUAUAAAGUGAACAGUGCCGUACAUGUAGAGGUUGGCGAAAUGGACAGUUAUCAAAGCGCAGCAACGAUUUGAGUACAUUGAAGCUGGUUAAAUUAUAGUACGUAUAAAUUAUCAUUGGUUUCAUGUAAUGAAAUAUGAAAUUUUACUUUUUAUUAUGGAUCAUAGUUUCUAAUUAUCGUUCAGAUUUGUCUUCAUAAAUUAUUAAAAUAAUCAAAAAUAUAGUGUUCAAUUUGUUUAUUUAUUCAUUUAAAAAUUUAUAAGUUCUUUAUUAUUUUGUAUAAUAAGUAAUUUUUGAGUUUAAUAAAGCAUUUUGAUUAAAAAUUCAGAAAAUAAAAUAAAUUG